UGGUAUCAGUGUAGAGCAGGUGAUUUUUCCUUCUGGUGAAGAUAAGCCCUCCGCAUUGAGAACAAUUUAAAAGUUGGGCUUGCCAAAACAUGGUCAGGAUGUGUUUUCAGCUUUUAAAGCUGGAAAUCCAUGUGGCUGUUCUUCUAGUCCAUAUGGAGGACUUAGAGGAAUUCUGGAGAUAGGAAGCCAAAUCCCACUGCUAAUGUGUAUUAUGCGGAGGAAAGCAAGUUCAGUGUUGAGGGGAAAAAGAUGUGUUUUCCCAGCUCAGUGGUAGAGGAACAUCACCCUUCAGUGUAACCUGGUCUGAUCUGCGAGAGCAGGAAAUCAACAGGGGAUCAGUGCUUUACAUUACUGUUUGGGAUCUGGCAGUAAUGGUAAUGCCUUUCCUUCUAGUAGCAGGGUACUAACAGCUCAGGGACUGAGGACUCGUGGGGAUGCAGGCAGACUCAGGAAAACUUCGUGCCUGCUGUGUCAAACUUGUGAAGUGCUGAUGCCUUGUUUCAACGACUACUGCUAGCGCAGUACCUUGGUGUACUACAGUAACGUGGCUGCUUCUAUUUGGUUUUGGAAGCUCUUCAGCUUUUUCCUCUCCCUCGAGUUUUAUGUUAAUGUGUCUUUUUAUCCAUGACAUGGAUUACCGUGAGACUUCAGAAAGAUUGAAAAUGGGACAGUGUUAGUGCAGAGGCAGCUCCUCUUAGAGAUACACUAUCUUACACAUCAAAAGAGCACAGAUGAGAACAUAGGAGAGACUGUAAAAGCCCUCAGUUGGGAGGAGUUAGAUAAACGGUCACCAAUAACCUGCCUACGUUAAACCUUUUCCAGAAUGCGUGAGUUUGAGAGAUAAAGGGAGCUAUAAAGGGUGAAGCAGCCAGCAGGGCACCAGAUCAAACUGCCCACAGCUCCUGAAAGGUCGUGGCCCGGGUUUGAAGAGGUGCUUUUAGAAGAAAUCUAUAUGGAGUCUGAGGAGUACAGACAGAGAGGGAAGGAGAUGGUGGAUUACAUUUGCCAGUACCUGAGCAAUGUGAGAGAGAGACGAGUGACUCCUGAUGUACAGCCAGGUUACAUGAGAUCCCAGUUGCCGGAUUCUGCCCCAAUGGACCCAGACAGCUGGGACAACAUCUUUGGAGAUAUAGAGAAGAUUAUUAUGCCCGGGGUAGUGCAUUGGCAAAGCCCACACAUGCAUGCCUACUUUCCAGCUCUUACUUCCUGGCCUUCUCUCCUUGGAGACAUGUUGGCUGAUGCGAUUAACUGCUUGGGAUUCACAUGGGCCUCCAGUCCAGCCUGUACAGAACUGGAAAUGAAUGUGAUGGAUUGGUUAGCUAAAAUGCUGGGCCUUCCAGAUAAAUUCCUGCACCACCAUCCCAACAGCGUGGGCGGAGGAGUAUUACAGAGCACCGUGAGUGAAUCAACCUUGGUUGCACUGCUAGCAGCAAGGAAAAACAAAAUUCUGGAGAUGAAGCUUUCUGAGACAGACGCCGAUGAGUCCUCGCUCAAUUCUCGCCUCAUCGCUUAUGCGUCUGAUCAAGCACAUUCUUCUGUAGAAAAAGCUGGCUUGAUUUCUCUUGUGAAGAUGAAAUUUCUGCCUGUGGAUGAGAACUUUUCCCUCAGAGGUGAAACUUUGAAGAAAGCCAUUGCAGAAGACAGAAAGAAAGGGCUGGUGCCAGUCUUUGUUUGUGCAACUUUGGGUACAACUGGUGUCUGUGCUUUUGACAAUCUCUCAGAACUGGGUCCAGUUUGUGAUGCUGAAGGACUUUGGCUUCACAUUGAUGCUGCAUAUGCAGGAACAGCCUUUGUAUGUCCCGAAUUUCGAUUGUUCUUGGAUGGAAUUGAAUACGCAGAUUCCUUUACUUUUAACCCUUCUAAAUGGAUGAUGGUUCAUUUUGACUGCACUGGAUUUUGGGUUAAGGAUAAAUACAAGUUACAUCAGACCUUCAGUGUUAACCCUGUUUACCUCAGACAUCCCAACUCGGGAGCUGCUGUUGAUUUCAUGCACUGGCAAAUUCCACUGAGUCGUCGGUUUCGUUCUUUGAAGCUGUGGUUUGUGAUUCGUUCAUUUGGAGUGAAAAAGCUUCAAGCUCAUGUCCGACACGGUACGGAAAUAGCCAAAUUCUUUGAGUCAUUGGUUAAAAGUGAUCCGCUCUUUGAAAUUCCUGCAAAGAGGCAUCUUGGACUGGUUGUGUUUCGUUUAAAGGGUCCAAAUUCACUGACAGAAAAACUCCUGAAAGAACUAAGCAGGUCUGGCAGGCUCUUCCUUAUUCCAGCAACCAUUCAUGACAAGUUCAUCAUUCGCUUUACUGUAACAUCUCAGUUCACGACCAGGGAAGAUAUUCUGCAAGACUGGAACAUCAUUCAACACGCUGCUGCCCAAAUUGUUAGCCAGAAUUAUGGGUUGCACUGCACCAAUUCUGGUGAUGAGGCAAGAAUCCCCAAUAUGAUAGUUAAGCCUGGUUCUGAUGCCAUUAGUAGCGCUUCUCAGCUUUAUCUGGAUGGAGGAAAACACAAAACACCUUCCAGAAAAAUAGUAGUUCAGCAUAAAAAGUUAGCAGCAUGUCCCAGUACGUGCGUGAUUAGUCAACAAGUGAAAGGUCAAGGGGAUCCUCUAGAUGACUGUUUUCCAGAAGAUGUCCCAGAUGUUACCAAACAUAAGUUAAACUCUUUUUUAUUCAGUUAUCUAUCUGUUCAAGGCAAGAAAAAGACAGCACGUUCCCUUAGCUGCAACAGCGUGCCAAUGACUGGUGGUCUUGAGCAGUGUAACCCCAAAGCAGCAGCCACUGACAAGAAGGAGUCUCAUGCAAAUGCCAGAAUUCUUUCCAGGUUGCCUGAAGAGGUGAUGAAGCUCAAAAAAAGUGCCUUCAAAAAACUAAUUAAGUUCUACAGUGUCCCAAGCUUUUCAGAGUGUAGCAUUCAGUGUGGCCUUCAGCUGCCUUGUUGUCCUCUGCAAGCCAUUGUUUAACAAAUAAAGGAGAUUCAUCCUUAGAACCUCUCCAGGUAGAAAGACAACCAAAGUUUGCUUAUUCAUAUGCAAUACUACUGUUACUUUGUUCAGUAUGUAAGCAGUGGCAAUGACCACCAAGAAAAUUCCUGUGCUUUUACUGGGUGCAAUCUCAUGUAUUUAUAGAUUAAAAUGUCCAA